AACUUUUCCACCGGCAGAAAGAUAAUUUUUGUUCUAGCAGCGGGAUGCGAAGGUUGCGAGUGACUCUCCAAGAUACCCAAACCAAAGAUGUCGAAUUCCUCGCCGGAAUUCCUCCGAUUCUCUGGCCACCGGGCCUUCACCCAGCGGGUGGUCCUGUCUACGCUGACCGGUCGGCCCGUCCACAUCGCAAAAAUCCGAAGCUCGUCGCCGACGAAUCCCGGCCUGGCCCCUCAUGAGAUCUCGUUCCUGCGCCUCAUGGAGGCCGUCACCAACGGCAGCUCCAUGCAAAUUUCAUACACGGGUACAACAAUCACCUACCACCCGGGUCUGGUUACCGGAACCAUUGCUGGCUUUGGAGCCUCGGACGGAGAUGUCAUUGAGCACAACAUUCCCAUGACCUGCACCCGCGGCGUCACCUACUUCCUCUUGCCGCUCUGCCUCCUGGCACCCUUCUCGAAAGCGCACAUGAAUGUUCGGUUUACCGGACCGGGCGUCAUCACAUCAUCUACCGAGACGGGCGAUAUCUCCGUCGACUCCUUCCGAACCGCCAUUCUCCCUCUCUUCGGCCUCUUCGGCAUCCCUCCCGCGCGCAUAGAGUUGAGGGUGUUGCAGCGUUCAUGCGCUGGACCUGGUGGACGAGGAGGCGGUGGAUGUGUUGAGCUACGAUUUGCGAGCCAAGUGCGGUUACCCAAGACGCUGCACCUGAACCGCAGCCCUGGGCGCAUAAAGAGGAUACGAGGUGUCGCGUACUGCACAGGAGUCUCUGCGUCCAACAACGCGCGCAUGAUCCAUUCCGCGCGAGAAGUCCUGAACCCUUUCGUGUCCGAUAUCCACGUCGCCGCCCAAUACGACCAAGCACCGCUCGUCUCCACAGGCGACAAGGCAGGAAGCAAGCGACGGCUGGGCAUUGGCUUUGGACUGAGCUUGGUGGCCGAGUCCAGCGCAGUGGGAGUCAUCUAUUCUGCGGAUGUCGUCGUCCCGCCGGAGGGUGGAGUCGUCCCUGAAGAAAUCGGCAAGCGAUGCGCCCACCAGCUCCUGGAGACCAUUGCGCAGGGUGGCUGCGUCACCAAGGUGUCGGCCAGGACGAUUCUUGUGCUGAUGGCAAUGGGAUCAGAAGAUGUCGGCCGUCUGCGGAUAGGCAGGGACGUUAUUGGCACGGAGGAGUUGGUGGGAUUGGCGAGAGAUUUGAAGACCUUUGGAGCGAGCAGCUGGGGCUUGAGGGAUGUGGAUGACGAGACGGACGAUAUCAUUGUUUCUGUAAAGGGAUCUGGCGUUGGCAACGUGGGUAGGAAGAUAGCGUGAAAGCACCACAUUUCAAUAUUCAAAAUGAUACACACCCAC